AUGCCACCAACGGCUCCGGGCAUGACUAUAGCAGGACGUAAGAAUGUUUAUUUUCAAUAUCCUCAUGAAAGUUUUCAUCUGUCGGAAGAUUAUUCAUCUCGCGUUAGUGCCGAGCAUCAACUAAAGUAUACGAACGAUCGUAUCGCUCGCUAUCUCAACGAAUGUACACCAACAAACACGGUUUAUAAUAAGCACUUUGGGAAGCCCAGCGCACAAGCUACAAAAGCACAUACCACCACUAUGAAGAAAACAUUGGAUUGUCUCGAUGCUGCUCUCAAGGGAAAGAAAUAA